AUGUUUGACACAUUUGAUGAGCGUCCCAGCGAUCAAAGUAAAAGAUUUUCUUUCACUUUCUUUUUCAUUUUCUUCUUUUUUUCUUUCUUCUUUCCUUCUCUCUCGUCAUCUUCCUUUUUCUUCUUCCAUUUUCUUUGUCUUUUUCCUUUCCCGCUUUCUCCAUCACCUUCUUCCUUGUAUUUUUCCAUUCUCCUUCGCUUUCUUCCUUUCUCCCUCGCUUUCUUCUUUCUCCCUCGCCUUCUUCCUCUUCAUUGUCUUCUUCCUUUCUCCUGUGACUUGUUCUUUCUUCCACGGCUCCAUUUUUUUUUUUUUUCAGUAUUCACUCCAUUUCCUUUCGUUCUUUUUUCAAUUUCUUUUUUACGCUUCAUUCUUUUUUUCUUUCUUGGCCCAUUUUGUAUGUGCGUUUUUAUCCUAUUUUCUUUCUCUAUUCAUCACUUCCAAUAUACAUUCGCCAAGGCUUUUAAUAAUUUUUUCCUUGUUUCUUUUUACUUCUUCUUUUUCUUUACUGGGUGUAACGGCAAAAUUGUCCAAAUCGUGUAA